AUGGAUGGCGAUGACGCAACCCCCAGGACUACGGAAACCCCGCAGCGGGCAUCCGUGUUCGCGGAGGUGGUAACCAGCGUGGUCUCGCAGAACGGAGGCGUUGCCAAAGUGUUCGCAUCAGACUCGGACUACUUCCAUGCUGAUGAUAGUGGCCUCGACAGGGAAAUGCUGCGGAAGCGUGUUGGGUUGGAGUACAAAAUGUUGAGCAUGCUGCCCCGAUUAGUCUUCUUCAUUGUAUGCUUCGGAUUGUUUAUCGCAAUCCAGCAGGUUGAGUACGAUCCCACGAAUUUCUCCGGAAUCCACCUGCGCCUCAACGAUCACUUCCACUUGGACAAUGUGUACGGCAUCCGGCAGAUUCCAGAGCUCAUCGAGUACCUGGAUACGUUCGUCAUUUCCAAUGCACAGCUCGAUCCUCUCAACAUCUACCACUGGUGUGCAGAGGAUGACGCCCUUCCAACACCUGUUGGAAAGAUCAGGUGUCGGCGAGAUCAAGGUGAGAUACCGGACAAGGCCUUUUUGGAUCACUACAACGUGUACAACCAGCGGAUCCAGGAUGCUCAGAGUGAAGCUUUGCUCAACAUGGUCCAGGAGCUCCGUGACCGCAUUAUCAACAACGACAGCAACAAUUCGAACGGUUCUUCUGGUUCGUCCUGGCGACGCCUGAAGGAGGACGAGAGGGACGCCAAGGCCGCAAAGUCGCCAAGGGCACCACGACAGCGCCACGCAUCAGCGUCGCUGCGUCUUCCUGAAGUGGCAUCGAGUGAAGCUGCCUCGGCGACCAGCCAGCCGUACAGUCUCGCGAACACGUCCGGGAUCGUUGGAUUUGCGUUGAAUGGAGUCUUGCUCAUCGGAGCCCAUCAGCAUCAUGGUCACUCCAUGCCAACAGCAUGGCAUUUCGACGACUGCGGCGGCCAUGUGGAUUCAGAUGGGCACUACCAUUACCACUUCCCGGCCUCCUGCUAUUUGUCAGCUCAAGGCUUGGCCUCUCCUGGCCGUACAGAUUGGUGGGCGCAGCCUGACCCAAUGGCUUUUUGGCCGACACUGUCGAAGCCCUCGCCAGUCCUCGGCUACGCUCUGGACGGCGUCCCCAUCCACGGCCCGUACGGACGCGAUGGCCGCCUUGUCGACGUGAACGAGCUGGAUGAAUGCAAUGGCCGGUGGGAGAUGAAUGCAAGCGGCGAGAAGGAGUAUCACUACGUGUGGUCCGUCGCUGAGCCUUUCCUCCCUCAGUGCUUCCGAUUGCGACCUGCACAGGUCGCGUUUGAGAACCCUGGCAAUCCUUGUCGUGUACGGGGAGAGCCUAGCCUAAGCAUGGCCGCGCCCAAAGGGACGUCCAGCAAGGGCGAAUGGCUUCUUCUUUCGCACGGAUGCCCAGACCAUCCUUACUUCAACAACCCAAUGAAGGUUGCUGGCGUUGCAAAAGUCUUGGACAGCAGCGAACGCAAGCCGUCGGUGGGCGCUACGGAGUGCCAUGCAGGUGGCAGCCACAACGCGAGCGACGCAAGGGGUGGCUCGUACACCAGCGGUUGCUCGGCAAGUUCCCACGAUAGCAUUCUGAGGAGCUUGCAGAGUACCGAUGCCAAUGGUACUGGAGACGGCGUCCUUGAUGUCUUCAACCCUUGCGCAGCAGUUUUCAACUCUGGCAAUGGGGACUCAAAUGAUGAUGGCGUCACUGAUGUCUUCAAUCCCUGUGCAGCAGUUUUCGACACCGAAGACAAUAAUGGGGUUCCGGAUCUCUUUGUUCGCUAUCGGCCGUUCUCCAUGACGGCCUCCUCCGUGGGCUUCCCCUUCAUCUGCCAGUCGCGGAACGUCGAGAAGGACUGCGAUUCACAGUUCGUGGACAACUACAACGCACAGAAGCCCAACCCUGUCUACAAUGAGCCGCUCAACGCGCCGCGCGACUCGAGCAUCCUGCGCUGUCGUGGAGAAGAGUACUCAGCAGAACCACAUGUAGGCUUCACCCCAGCGGUGCGAGAUGGCAUUCCCUACUACUGUGUGUUCCUGGAUGACAACAUCUUGACGACAAUUCGAGAGUUUGAGUGGAUCGAUGAUCUGACCCGCGACAUCUUCGUGGCCAGCUUCAUCUACUUCCCCAACGCAGAUGCUGUCUCACUGCUGAGGUUGGACUUUGCUUUCCAGGAUACUGGCCGAAUUGUUUCAGACAGGCGCAUCAACACGCACAGCGUCCUUCAGGAUGCGCCGCGCUGGACAACAUACUUAGCCCUCCAGAGCACUUUCCUCAUUCUCAUUUACGCUCGAAUUCUGUUCAUCCUGUGCCGCUGCUGCCGAGUGAAAGCGCAACGCCGCAUAACCUAUGACUGCUUGCUGACGGUGCUGCUUGGUGCUUUUGGCACCCAGGACCUCCUGUAUCGCCUCGUAGGUGAGGAUACGACCAUGACGGGCCUCAUCUCUUUGGUCAAUCGGAUUCUCAGCGUGGAAGACCCAUCGAGCCAAAGUGCCGUCGCAAUGGUCAUCAAUGACUCGUUCGAGACGUUAAACGUGAUCAAGGAUGCGGUGCAAUACCAGGAGUUGAUGAAGCUGCUGGCUUAUUUCCUGGUGUUCAUGUGCCUCCUAAGACUUAUCCAGUACAUGGAGGUGCAUCCGAAGGUCGACCUCAUCAGCCGCACAGUCAUGGUAGCAGCCGGCGACAUGUUCCACUUCUGCCUGAUUUUUAUCAUCUUCUUCGCGAUUCUCGCCUGGCUGGCUCACUGGUCCUUCGGCCCGGACAAGAUCGCUUUCUCCACCUUCCGCAUAGCCGCCAACACAUGUUUUCAGAUGUUGAUCGGCGAGUACCCCUUUGAGGAUGAGUGGACAGAAGGCUGGCUGCAGAAGAUUUGGUACAUUCUGUAUACCUUUCUGCUCUUCUUGGUCUCCUUGAACAUUCUGCUGGCCAUCAUUGUCGAGAGCUUUCUCAGGGUCAAGCAGGAGACAGAAGGAAGGCUGGAGGUGAAGAGCUUGGUGCUGGAUCUCCUCUCCUUGCCAUUGAAAGCGCUGAUCGGCUUCCAUCACCGAUGGCCGUCGACCCGCGCGUUGUACUUUCAUCUCGAGGUGAGGCUGUCUCACCGUCCUAGAGCUCGGAGGUCUGGAUCUAGAUAG